CAUCGUGUCUUACGUCCGCAGCCUCCCUCAUCUUCUAACAUGAUGAAGAUCCUUCUAAUCGCAGCCAGCCUCUACGUGGCCCUUGCAGGCCCCGUCGAGAAGCGGUUCGGAGUACCUCUCACCGCCGAGCUGGAGUGUCUCAACGGUGCCAACUUCUCAACGGACGCCAACGACUGCCAGAUCUUCUAUAUCUGCGACCAUUUGUGGCCGAAGAUCAGGCGCUGCGCUGCAGAUACCAUUUGGUCGCCACGCGAUCAGCGCUGCAUGGGCAAGUUCUCAGCUUCCAAUGAGAUCUGCGGCUACCGGGCUCCGCAACCCCUGCUGCCUCCCGGCCUGGAAGAGCUCAGCAACAUCGGCCUCGACCAGCAGUGGGAGUGCCGCGAGACCGGAGAGCUCAUUCCCUACAAGGGGGUGUGCGACGGUAUCGUGCACUGCCUCGACGAAUCUGACGAGCAGGGAUGUGCUGCCUUCUGUGAUGCCAACAGCUGCCGUCUGCCCGACUGCAAGUGUGCGGACACCCAGAUACCCGGCGGACUCGUGGCUAACGACAUACCGCAGAUGGUGCUGAUCGGCUGGGAUGAAGCCCUGCGCGUCGAGGACUACAACCAUCUCUACCAGCAGAUCUUCAAGCGGGUGACGCCGAACAGGAGGCGCGAGCCGCGGAGGAACCCCAAUGGCUGCCCAAUAACGGGAACCUUCUUCGUCAGCCACCAGUUCACCGACUACGCCGCCGUGCAGUCCAUGUACGCUGAGGGCAACGAGAUCGCCGCUCACUCCAUCAGCAAGCAACUGCCGGCCGCAUACUGGGAGAAGGCGGACGCGAACGAGCUGCAGGCAGAGUAUGCAAACCAGCGCAUACAGUUCAGCCAGCUGGCGUCGGUGCCGCCGUCACGCAUUGUCGGCAUGCGCGCUGCCUACCUGCAGACGAGCGGAGACACGACGGUCGACUUCGCGCAGAACGCCGGCUUUGCGUGGGACUCAUCGUACCCAACGCCGCGCAUGAGCCCGCCGCUGUGGCCCUACACGUUCGACUACAAGACGUUCGACCAGACCGCCGACGGAGACUGCCCCGUGCCGCCGUGCCCGACCGCGCCGCACCGCGGCUUCUGGGAGUUCCCGCUCGUCGAUUGGAUCGACACCAACGACACGCUGUGCGCCAACGUCGACAGCUGCUACUUCCCCGAGGACAAGGACGAGGCGCUCCAACUGCUGCGCUCCAACUUUGCGCGCCACUACGAGACGAACCGCGCGCCGUUCCCGCUCAACCUGCGCGCACGCUGGUUCCUCGACGACGGCCAGCACAACAUGGAGGCACUGCAGGAGUUCAUGGACGAUCUCGCCGGCCGCGACGACAUCUACUUCGUCACGUACAGCCAGGCACUGGAGUGGAUGCGUGACCCUGUGCGGCUCGCAGACCUCGGCCGCUCGACGCUGUUCUCGUGCGACUACGCCGACCGCGCACCGCUCUGCGCGCACCCGAACCUCUGCGGCUACCUGAACAUCACGCACGCGCCCAACGACGACGAGCAUCCCGGCGACCGCUUCUUCCAGACGUGCGCCAGGUGCCCGGACAGCUACCCAUGGGUCGACAACCCGACGGGAGAGUAAGGAGCGAGGGAGCGACGCUGGGACGUCGGAUGGAAUCGUCAGCUUGUUAUUCGACCAGCUGUUGCGUGGGGUGAACGUGUUGUUCGUGAAGCGUGCGUGCCACGAAAUCGUACGAUUUCACGGUGCCACAGCACAAACCAUGCGUCUGCGCUCAGGUGUCUUAUAUAUAUAGUGUUCAUGUGUUAUCCUGGUCAAAAAAAUUCUGCAAUUUGACCAUUGUUACGUUUCGCAAUGGUCAAAUUGCAACGUUUUCCUCGUGCACACACGGAUAGACGAAUUCUGAAAUGCUUUCUCACCGUGGAUUAGUGAUUACUACAUAGUAGUUCUCUUAGGUAUUGUUACCCUUCAUUCAUUUCUCUCGGCUGUCGGGUUUGUUGUGUACAAUCGUAGAACGCUCAUGGCCUCAUUCACGCUUGGACGCGUUGAGGUUUUUAGUUACGAAUGUAAAUUUCUUUAUUGUUUGUACUGCAUGUAAAUUGUAAGCAUAGAGGUCGAGUCUUGAAUCUUAUCGAUUUAAGUUGUCUUUUGGGAAAACAAAUUUAUUCAUGUUGUUAUAUCAUGUACGAUGAAUAUAACUUGUUUUCUAUUAGCUUGUAGCCGACUUUAUACAUGGAAUUGAAAAAGUAUGAAGUGGUGUACAUAGUAAUAUGUAAGUAGUCCAUUUUGCUUUUUUAUGUAAUAAUAUAAUAUAUACUCUUUAUCUUUA